AUGGCUAACCUUCGAUACCUGUCAGUGCUGCCAGUGCUUUCAAGCUUUCUUCCUCCUCUCCCACUCCUCUCUCCCUCAUCUUUCCUUCCUCUCUCCCUCUUUUCUCCCUCCUCCCUUCUGCCUCUCUCCCUCCCCUCUCCUCCUAUCACAUCCUCUGAUACUCCCCUUCCUCUCUCCCUCCUCUCUGCCUCCUUAGUUUCUCCUCCUUUUCUCCUCCCUCUCUCCCCUCGAUACUUCCUUUCCCCCGAUUCCCAUGACUCUUGGGAUUUUCCCUUCCCCUUCCCCUUCCCCUUCCCCUUUCCCCUUCCCCUUCCCAUUCCCAUUCCCCUUGCCCUCCCCCUUCCCCUUCCCCUUGCCCUUCCCCUUCGUCUUCACUGUGCCUCUCCAUGCUCUGUCGCCUUCACUCAUCGCUACGAGCACCUUUUGACUUUGUCACUUCGUUGCACCACACUGAACCUCAUGGUGCCGCAUGCCAUUGGGCUGCACGCCAUUGGGCUGCACACAAUUGGGCUGCACGCCAUUGGGCUGCACGCCAUUGGGCUGCACGCCAUUGGGCUGCACGCCAUUGGGCUGCACGCCAUUGGGCUGCACGCCAUUGGGCUGCACGCCAUUGGGCUGCACGCCAUUGGGCUGCACGCCAUUGGGCUGCACGCCAUUGGGCUGCACGCCAUUGGGCUGCACGCCAUUGGGCUGCACGCCAUUGGGCUGCACGCCAUUGGGCUGCACGCCAUUGGGCUGCACGCCAUUGGGCUGCACGCCAUUGGGCUGCAUGCCAUUGGGCUGCACGCCAUUGGGCUGCAUGCCAUUGGGCUGCACGCCAUUGGGCUGCAUGCCAUUCGGCUGCACGCCAUUGGGCUGCAUGCCAUUGGGCUGCACGCCAUUGGGCUGCACGCCAUUGGGCUGCAUGCCACCUGUAUUCAGCAUGCCGUGCCGCUGCCUGCCAGCAUGCAUGCUCUGGGUGUCCUCUCUCUCACCGCCUCUCUCUCCCCGCCUCUGACUGUCUCAUUGCACCGCACUUCUCAACUCUGUUGUGUUAACUUUCUGCUCGCUCCUCCUCGUGCUUCGCGAGUCAACCUGGCAAGGAAUUAUCUCACGGGUCCUAUCCCUGAUGACAUUUCCAAUGUUGCGGGUGCAGUCACCAUUGAUUUGUCGGGCAACUCUCUCGAUGGCUCCAUUCCUGCUUCCAUAUUUGGCCUCCAUCGCCUGCAAAAUCUGGAUUCGAGUAACAACCAGUUAUCAGGGCCACUGCCCUCCAUCCUUAGUCGUGCCACCUCUCUCUCUCACCUGUCAGUCCCCCUCCCGCCCAUCAGCCCCCCUCCCAUGCUUUGUCUGAAUCGGCUCCUAAUGGACUCACGCUUUCCUUCCUCUCCCCCGUCUCCCACUUUACUCCCUCUCCCUCCCCUCCCCUCUAUCUCCUUCGUCCCAAUCCCCAGCGACCUCAGCAGCAACAUCUUCUCGGGAUCGCUGCCUUUGGGCUACAGCCGCCUCUCCCACCUCACCACCCUGUCAGUACCCACGCAGUAG